AUGGAUCGGGGUAUAAGAGUGGUGGGAAAGAUUGAUACGGAGGUUAGAAGAUGGGUUGAAGAAGUUGUUAAUCGAAAUGAUAAGAAUGGUGGUCGAAAAGAGCGACUUGUGGCGGUUGGAAAAGCGAUCUCGGGACUGGGGAAGAUAGUACGGGUAGAGGAACCUGGCUGGUGGGGAAGAAUAGUAGGUCGACCUACUGAAGUAGUUCUACAGGGAACUAAGUACCGUAUGAAUGGUGGAGUGGGAAUGGAUAAGACUGGGAAGAAACAAGUAACUGCUAAGGUUGAAGUGCCUAAUUGGUGGAGUAGUAUUCUGGGUAUCAAUACUGUAUCUGUAUCUGGUAGUCGGAAUGGUGUGAAAGGAUCGUUGGGACUAGGUAUAAUGAAUAAGAAUUGGAUAGUUGGUGAAGAGGCAGUUUAUCAUUGGUGGCGCGGUGAGAUGGAAGUAAGUAGUGGACUGGGACGGGUUUUGGGACUAUGGUGUCGGCCGGGUUUUGAGAACGGGCAAAGACUAGUUGGUGGUGUAGAAGUUCUGCGCCGGGAGAAUCGGGUCGAGUCCUGGGCUAAGAUGGAGUGGCGAGAAGUAUUAGCUGGGACUAAGCGGUUGCUACGUUUGGAUUUAGGACGAGAAAGUACUUGGCCUGGCGGCAAGUGGUGGGUAGAUGGUCGGUCGUACUUACGCGGUCUGGGCUAUGGCCAAGCCCAGUUAGGCCUGGGAAGGUUUAGUAGUAGUUGGCUGAAUUGGUGGUCAGUGGGUGGAGGAGGUGGAGGUGAUCUAGUUGGGAAAGUCUUUAUGGACAGUCGGAUUAAGGUGGAAGGUAAAGCCGGAGUUAAUUCUUUAUGUCGGCCGGUUGGUGAAGCAAGUGCAUCUUUAUCAUUGUACGUGGUGUUAGGCCAGAUAGGUGUGUUUGUGGGUGGACUAGUGAGUGGGAAGAAGUUAGAAGGUGAUCAAACAGUGGUUGAUAAGACUCCUAUGUUUGGAGUGAGUUAUACUGGGACUGGAAAUUGGCUUGAUUCUAUUGACUGUCUUUGGUCAAUAAGUGAGAUACAACGAACGAAAGGUUUAUUCAAUAAGCUGGGCAGUAUGUCCAUUACUCUGGGUAAAGAAUACUAG